CACGAUAUAAUAAUAUACUAUACAGUGCAUAACACAACAACUGUAAGAAAAGUACACAUUUACAUUAAACAUUAAUCAUUUCUUAUGAAUACUAGUAUUGGUUUCUUAAACUGAACCAUGAAAAUGAAAUGUAUGCACGUGUAUGUAUAAAGUGAGUUUUAACUUUCGUUACAUAUUUUGAGUCGAUACUGUUUAAUCUUGGAGUAACGUAAACAAAAACAGAAUUCAAAAUGGAGGUAGCUAAUUCUAGAUUCGACAAAAACAGCAAAGGGAUGACAUUUGACCCGAGCAAGGUCAGUCUCACUGACGUUGACCCAGUUAGCAAUGUGCCGUAUUUACACGAAUCAUUCGUUCUCCAUACUUUCGUACCCAUACGAUACGUCAGACGACAAAAGCCAUUUGAUGAUCCAACGUUCACGGGCAUGUACCCAGACGGUUACCGGAUUCCAACAGUGCUCACAAAAGAUAACAAAGGUAACGUAUUUAAGAAGACAACAUUUGAUGAUGCUGUGGUUUGUAUGAUGGUUGGGAAAGAGACAGUCGGUCCAGACGACGAAAAUGCAAAAGAUAUUGAUAUACUUACUAAUUACGAUCAGAUGCGUCCAGGAUACUUAUGUCUUCACGCAAAAAAUCAAUCGAGACCGACAAAAAGCGCCCCUGCAAUCUCGCGAGAACGAACAAAAACAAUGCUGCAAUCUGAAGUAACUUCACGUGGUACUUCUUCGAGAACUUAUUUGAGGAAACAAAAUCAAAUACACGAAGAGUCACAGAUAGCAGAAGAUAACGAAUCACUUACCCCACGGACAAUUUCAGCUACACCCAUCAUGAAAACACGACGGAAAAAACUGCCAGACAACGUUGAAUAUGCACUUGCUCUGAAGCAUCCAUCUUGGCCGGAAGUUGCAUCAGAGUGGGGAACACGUGGUCGAAAUUUUGGAUGGCCUGGGAAAAGAAUCGAAAACAAGAUCCAGUCGUCUGGAUGUCACGUGACACCCGGGGCACAUCCGAAAAGCGAAGACCCGGAUGUAGAAUGGGAGUUUACGUUUUUUGAAGCGGAACGGACUCUUGAUAAAGAAGCAAUAUCUUCGGUUCAGCGUCAGUGCUUUAUUGUGUUCUGCCUGUUAUGUAUGGAAUGUAUAGAAAAGAAGGCUAUUUCUUUGCGUCAACUGAAAUCAGUACUUUAUUUUACCUGUGAAACAACUGAUCCUCAAGUGUGGAGAACAAACAAGGCUGUAUGUGUAAACAAACUUUUAGACACUUUAUUAGAUGGAGUUCGGAAUGCUAAUCUACCGGACUACUUCGUUCCUAAAAAUAACACAAUAAGUCAUUUAGAAAAGGAACAAUUAAUGCAGUUAGAUUCUGAUAUUUCUGCUGUGCGAAACAACACCGCGCAGUUUCUGUUGAACCUCACUGACUCGUGUGCCUUUGUUAACAUUUUCCCUUUCUAUUGUAAUGUUAAUGAACUUUUUAAACCGUUCAUAUUAAACGCAGAGGAGUUUUCCAAAAAGCAGGAAAUAGAAAAAGCCGUAAGAGCGCUGCUCACUGUCACAGACGAAUUAUGUAGCAGCUUUUACCUGGACGCUGGCUUUGAGACAUACGAGGAGUCUUAUGAAGAAAUCCACAUCUACGUGCAAUCAUUAAUUGCUCAUGGAGUCUCGGGCUUUGAAGAGGCAAUUGAGUAUUUCAUCAAACCACUUCAAGGAGACUCUGAAGCUCAGAAACACCUCCAGUAUCUGCCUCAGCUACUGAGUCAAAAGAAUAUCUCACUAAGUGAAAAAUUGCCUCCAUUUGAGAUUUGGCGCCCGAUUAGAAUGUGUCGUCUGUUGAUACAAAAAUUUGCAAACGACAAAGAAGGAUCUCAUUUGUAUGACCAUCUGGGUUGUAUGUAUCACUCUGCAUCAAAGGUGUUCGAAGAUCAGCGGCAAGACACGCUGAAGAAAGCUGACGCUGCAUUUAAGGAUGCGAUCGGUAAACAGGAUUGUGGGAUAGGUACAUAUGUUGAUUAUGGCCGCUUUCUAUGCAAAACAAAGAAAUACGAAGACAGCCUACCGUUGCUUAGAAAAGUAGUUCUAAAGGAAUUAAAGAAACCUGAAAGUGUCAAUUUCUAUGGUUGCAUGGAAUCUCUCGUUGCAGAUGAAUACAUCCAAAGGGAAAUAGAAGCCACAGAUGGUCUUGAAAUAUUGUCUUGUGCAUAUGCUCUGUAUCUUACGUGCGAAUGUUAUAUGAAGCUGAAGAAAAAGAACGAUUUGAUGAAAUGCUUAGAACAGUACAGCGACUUCUGUAAACAGAUCAAAGAUCCUCAGUCCAUAGCGUUGCUAGGAUAUACUCGGAUGAAACUGCAUCAGUUCAAAAAGGCAGCAGCGUGUUUUAAACAAGUGCAAUACCUGCAGCCGGAGAAUAAACUUGUUAAAGCAAAUAUCACGGCUUGCGAAAAACACGAAGCGCGGGAUGUUCCCGACGAUCAGUUGAACAUAGAAAAGAAACUUACAAAAUUAAGUCUAUGGAAAUAAGCUUUUACAUAGAGCUUUUAUAACUUUUGCUACUAUGUAGCAUGUAUUUAUUCUUUACCUGCAGAAAUGAAUAUGCCCUGCUUUGAGUGGAACCAGCUUGAUGGACUUCAAUAUCAAAACAAAUUGAGCUAUAGUAUAGAGCCUUGUCAGACGGGUGACAAAAGUUGAUCACUUCCGGUUACAGCAGGUUGAGAGCAAAAUUUUAUGAUCCUCUCAAUUUUUGAAUGUGUUCCUUUAAAAACAGAUAAACGCAAUAUUUGAUGAUUAUUACGCAGAAUUAACUUUCCGUUUUUAGAAAACAUGUUUUACAACUAAGGAUUUUUAGAAACGUUUAUAACGAUAUGUUUUUUUAGCAGAAUGUUUAAGCUGGUCCUUUGUUUUCACCGUCAUAAUCAUGUCGUUGUUUCAAAAUUUUGUAAGUUUUUUACAAAUAUAACACAAACAACAUCUCGUAAAUGUUUCAAAAUAAUAAAUUCAAUACAUUUUCACAUUUUCAUGUACAGAAUGUUGAGUUCUGCUUAAACAUGAUUUAAAGGCCGCGGAUGGUAGCUUGCAUAAAUCGGAGUACCCCGUCGACUAUUCAUAAUCAUCUUGGAUUAAAUACGAAAAUAGAAAGUAUUUUUACAUCUGAUUUCAUAUGUAAACAAAAACUAUGGAGGCUGAUUUGGUACACUGCGCGUUGCGUUGUCUAAAACGACAACACAACCUAUAUCGUUAUUGCCUUUUCAUCUUGUCGCUAGCGAAACUUGCCAAACGGUGCGUUGCCGCGAUGUCGCCCUGUCGUUUGGCUUAUACAUAUAUACAGAUAGCAAAUCCUUUAAUUUGAACCGUUUCACAAUGUCUUGUCGCUAGUGAAACAUGCCAAACGGCGCGUUGUUGCAUUGUCGUUUUAUCGUCAUGUCGCUAGCGAAGCACUUAAAACGGCGUGUUGUCGCGAGGUCGUCCUGUGUUUGACUUAUACAUAUAGCCAAUCCUUCUAUUUGAUCCGAGCGACAAUGUGACAUCGCACAACACACCGCACGGCAACGCGCCUUUUGGCGUAUAUCAUUAGCGACAGGACGACAAGACGAAAGUCCGACAACGCGCUGUUUGGCGCUUUGUCGUGCUGUCGCUAUAAACAACACGACGCACAAAAAUGUAUCAAAUCAGCCACCAUAGAGAAAGUAUUUUUACCUCUGAUUUCAUAUGUAAACGAAAACUAUAGAGGCUGAUUCGGUAAACAUUGCGCGUUGCGUUGUCGUUAUUGGCUUUUCGUCCUGUCAUCUUGUCGCUAGCGAAACGCGCCAAAUGGCGUGUUGUCGUCUUGUCGUCCUAUCGCUAGCAAAGCACGCCAAACGGCGCUUUGUUUAGCUACGCUUUGUCGUAAUGUCGCUCUGUCGUUUGGCUUUUAUA